AUGAGGAUCCGACGUGAGAGCGGGACGGCCUUGUGCGAGAAAGGCGAGGUGUACGCGCACGCGUCCGCCACCGCCGCCGCCGCCGAGCGGCGGGACGAAAUAGCUCCGAACGAUGACGAAAGUAGCACGCUGCCGUAUCGAGCGGAGCGCGCCGGUGACGCGCCCGCCCGAAAAUCAAUACGUGUUCGGUCGAUAGGCGGCGCCCGCAGCGGCUGCGUCGGCCGUGGCGGCGGAGGCGGCGGCGGCCGCGGGCGGCGCGCGCACCACGCCCGCGCUCCUUGCCUCAGUCGCGCCCCGGCCGCGGCGCGUCGCUGCGAACGCCCGCCGCCCGCCGCCCGCCGCCCGCCCGCCGCUCUCGCCGCCGCCGCAGCCGCCAUGCCGCGCGCGCGCCGCCGCCAGCCGGCCGAGGCGCGCGACCUGCUCGCCGCCGCAGCCGCC